UUUUUGGUACAAAACAAAAAUACAGAAAGUUACUUGUCAUAUUUUUUGUCUUGCUUCCAUAUCUGUCAACAAAAACUAACCUAAUAAACAACAAAAUCUUAAAUGGGUUUACAAAAAAUUGUUUGUAUCGUCACGAUUGUUUUGUUUGCCAACAGAACCGUGACAGAAGCACAGUGUACAUCUAUUCAGCUGCAACAAAAUGAAAAUACAUCCAUAGCACAGCCAACGAUUAAUUUAAAAAAUUUAAAUAGUUCGGAUUAUGAAUUUUUGGUCACCGGCGGAUAUCGGCCAGAGCAUAACAACCUGAUCAAGUACGUGGUGUCUGUGCGAGCGUUUAAGCAGAAACACCACUUUGGAGAUAACCACGCAUGCGGAGGUACGAUAAUAACGAAGAGUGCCGUCCUGACUGCAGCCCACUGUUUGUACAAUGCACAUAAAAAACUUAAGGCUAAGCACCUCAGUGUCGUAGCCGGAACACCGAAAAGACUGGUACGGGUCGAAACCACGCAGAGCAUAAAUGUGAAACGAUUUAAGGUGCACCCCAAGUAUAAGCAACAAAGAAGCCACAAGAACGAUUUAGCAGUAUUAAUUCUGGAAAAAGAUCUGUCAAUUGGGGAGUCUGCAGCUACCAUCACCGUCCCCCAAUCAAAGCCCCAAGCAGGACAAAAUUGUACCGUCGUUGGGUGGGGAACUGUUUUACAGUUUGGACCACUUCCCGACGAGGCACUGAAUGCAAACAUGCAAAUCCUUCCGCUUAGCUAUUGCAAGACGCUCGAAGGCUUUAAGGAGGAGGGUAUGAUCUGCGCCUCUAAUCCAAAAAAUUUCGAGGUGGAUAGCUGCCAAGGUGACUCUGGUGGCCCAUUGAUUUGUGGCGAAAGAAUUUACGGCAUCGUUUCUUUUGGCCGUGGUUGCGGCGAGCCCAACAAUGCUGGCGUCUACACUGACGUAUACUACUUCCGCGAUUGGAUAGCGAAGAACUCUUGUGCCCAAGACGUUAUGCAAUUACCUUUAGUUGUGCUACUGUUGAUAAUCCCCUUAAAGCUUGUUUACUAAAGCAUUAUUGGCUAUGUAAUUUUGUCAGAAAGUGUGAAACCCAGAGAGUGAGCCACGUCCCAC